AUGGCAGCCUCUAUAGACACACCCCUCCCACUAACCGACCUCCAACCCGAAUCCGACCUCCUCCACCUUCUUUUCCACCGCAACAAGAACCAGCACCGCUCCGGCAAAUGGUGGAAAUGGUUCGGCAUGCUGCGGCGCAACAUCCGCAAGCUCCUCCACCCAUCCGCGGAAGACGGAGACGCCAACAAGAGGGUAGAGUACAUGCGCCGGGUUCUGGUACCGAGUUGUUACUCAGCCUUUACGAGUGUUGUUGCGGAUACGCAGUUUGCGCCGCUGGGGCUGACGCUGCUGGCGAUACUGGCGAGGGUGCAUGCUAUUGUUGGGCUGGAGAAGAAGGAGGCGCUUGUGGUGAAGGUGAAAGUGAAGGAGGUGGCUAAGGUUGUGGUUAAGGAGACUAGCUACCAGAAGAGGGAAACCCUGGUGGAGCUGGCCGAUGGCGGCGAGGACUUCGGGGAAGCUAUCGUUCGAAGAGAGGAGCUGGUCGAGGAGGAAGAAGAAGAGGAGGAAAUAGCAGUGGAAGAAAUGGCUGUAGUCGAGGAAGAAGACCAAGAGGCAGUAGUAAGUGAGACGCCGUUGGUAAUCCGGCGUCCACCUGUAAAGCCUACUGCGAGACCAGAUACAGUAGUAGCUGCCGUAAAAGACCCAAAGAGGGAGGGGAAGACCGCAAAGAAAAAGAAGAAAGCGGUAAAGCCGUCGGUAUCUUCAUUGCCACCAUCACGGGUGCCUUCACCGCCGCCUGUGAGGGAGGAAAGGCGGGAGAAGAAGUCUAAAAGGAAAUCCGACGAAAAGGAAGGAGCGAAGAAAAAGAAGAAGGGGAAGAAGGCAGAUGAGAUUGAUGACUUAUUCGCAGGGUUGCUAUGA